AGCGAGAGGUCCGUGCUCAUUGAAAAAAAAUGUGGCUCAUUUUACGCACAUCGCGCAUGCUCGCCGCGCGCGUUCCCGCGUUUUCUCAUGGCGCCAAUUUCAAAAUAAUUCUCCGUUUAAAAAUAUGAUCGCCCACAUUUUCAAAUUCGGAAUCUGUUAAUAUUGAGUAAAAACUUUUUGUGAACAAAAAUAACAAAAGAUAGUGAAUUAUGAAACUAUAAAGAGACAUUAAUUUAUUACUGAGAGCAAAAUGGUUUAUCGAAGUUUUAUCGGUGGUGCGGGUCGAAAAUUAACGAUUUCGAAGGCAUUAGUGUAUGCGGGCCUGUUAGUGUUUUUAGUGCCAUCUGUCUUCUGUCAGCUGAGUAAGCCAGAUUGGUUUCGCCAGCUGACUUACGACGAAAUUUAUAACAAUACACAAUACGCCCAAAUAAGGCAAACACCAAAAAACGUAGUCACAUUUAGUAAAUAUAAUAAAUAUAGUAGCGUUGAAGUAAUUAAGUCCAAUGAAAUAGAAUAUAACGACAAAAGCAGCAGCAAAUUGUUGGUCGGAUUUGCGCGAGAUCCAUUUAGAUAUUCGGUGCCGGAGGAAGAUUAUGCAAGGGGUGUCAGAUACGUGCAACCCCCUAAAGGAGAUAGGGGAAAGAGAGGCGUGUUCCAUCUCUACAAUAUGAUAUAUUGCGCGACUGGAUGCGAGCCACUUUCCUACAAGGGCUAUGGUUGCUACUGCGGAUUCCUUGGCAAUGGCAGACCUACUGAUGGGAUAGACAGAUGCUGCAAGAUGCACGACCAGUGCUACGAGAAUAUCUACUGUCCGUUUUACACGGUAUACUUCCAGCCUUACUACUGGCAUUGUUACCACGGCGAGCCGCUCUGCGCCCUCGAGAACUACCAGUCACAAAACCAUGUAGUCAACGGCUGCGCUGCGAGGUUGUGCGAGUGUGAUAGAUUAUUUGCAAUGUGCGUGAGGAGGUACCCGUGUCCAAGAGGACCCUCGUUCUGCCACUCCUCGCCAAUCAGACUGCUGCAAAACAUACUCUCUUUUAGUUAAUAAAAACUAUUUUAAUUGUUUUAGUACCUUAAGAUAAAAUAAAGAGCUCGCUAGUCAAUGCAAUUCUAAAUUGUUCAAUAGCAUAAUUAUCGUAGGUAUUGUAUUUGAGUCUUGGUCGAUAGCUCUGUGACGCCACUGAUUUUCUAUAUACGUCAUAUAAUAUAUAAAAUUUGUUAUUUUUUUCGUUCAAUAUUUAAUUCGCUAUUCUAUGUACAAAUGUGUUCACAAUUUUAAAUAGAGUGACAAUAAGUUGAUCCAAUGAUUUUUUAUCAAAUAAUACUAUAAUUAUUACUUAUACCGUUAACUCAUGCGUAGUUACCAGAAGUAUGCUUUAUUGUGUUCGUUUAAAUAUAUACUUUUUAAAAACUAUACUUUUUGUAAAUUUCUACUAAUUAUACUUAAGCUACAUAAUAUACCUAGCAACUGUUCACCAGAAAGUCAGUACAAAUUAGAUGUAAAAUAAAAUGUUUAUGCAA